GCCUCCUCUGCCCACAAACAGCAACGCAGCCGGUCCUGCUUCUCGAUCUGCCGUGCUUUCGUGCUUCCCUGUCUCGCCAUGCCUGAUAUCCUGCUGGCCUUUGUCGGCAAGCCCUCGGCUGGCAAGUCGUCCUUCCUCAACGCCGUGACGGAUGCCCAGGCCAAGGUCGGCAACUUCCCCUUCACCACCAUCAAGCCCAACCACGGCGUCUCCUAUAUCCCUGUGGACUGUCCCUGCAAGCGAUUCGGCAAGCAGGCCCAGUGCUCGCCACGAUAUGGCAAAUGCAUUGAUGGCACUCGAUAUCUUCCCAUAAAGAUCCUGGAUGUCGCCGGGUUGGUCCCUGGUGCAUCCGAGGGACAGGGUCUCGGCAAUCAGUUCCUGGACGAUUUGCGAACGGCCGAUGCGCUGAUUCAUGUCGUCGAUGUCUCCGGGACGACCGACCAGAACGGCAAGGAGACCGCUGGCUACGAUCCUAUCAACGACAUCAACUGGCUUCGGUCCGAGAUCCACAACUGGGUCUUCAACAACUUGCACAAGCGAUGGGGAAGCAUUGUCCGCCGACAUGUGGCAAUAAAGGCAUUGCCGGCCGAGACGCUGCAGAAUCAGUUUUCUGGAUACGGCUCCACGGUCUCGCUGUGUCAUAGGUUUAUGGAGAAAUGCGGCAUCAAAGAAGCCCUCGAGACCUGGGAUGACGAUACUCUGCAUGCCAUUGUCGAUGCAUUCCUGGACGAGCGAUUCCCGACCGUCAUCGCUCUCAACAAAAUCGAUCUGCCGGAUUCGGACAAGAACAUCGAUAGGAUAUGCCGCAAGUACGACGAGUCCAGGAUUGUCUUGACGAGCGCUUUGGCUGAGGUGUUUCUGCGCAAGCUGCACAAGCAAAAAUUCAUCAAGUACUUUGAAGGCACCGACAGCUUCGAGCUUGCUGAGGACCAGAUCGACCCCAGUGAAGAAGAGAAGCUGAAGCCGCUCGAUGAAAAGACCCGAAGCCGUCUCGAAAAAGUCCAGGACAUGGUGCUGUUCCGAUAUGGCCACACAGGCGUGCUGGAGGCUGUCAAGAAGGCCGUCGAUCUGCUGGGCAUGAUUCCUGUCUACCCCGUCAAGAACAUCAACAACUUUAGUUCCUUUGGCCGCGACAACCGGGUCUUUCGCGACUGUCUGCUUGUCCCGCCCGAGACGACCGUCCGCGACCUUGCUAAGAUGGUCCACCCCGAUCUCGACAAGUACUAUCUCUAUGCGGAAACAAUCGGGAGCAUCCGGCUGGGCGAGGAUCAAAUCAUCACACCAGAGAUCAGCGUCAUAUCUUUCAAGACCUCGCAGAACAUCGGAUCCAGUUCCAACAAGUAAUCUAGCUCAUAUCCACACCCUUCAGUCCAUGGUGCCUCUGAACCAGUUAUGACAGCGCUGCAGGAAGAUCAGGCUCGCCGCACAGGCCCUCAACGGAUGCUCGGCUCCGUUUGAGCUCGGGCCAGUUUGCACCCCGUGAUGGUUACUCUCCGAGCUUUCGCCUCGAGCGUCGUGGGCAUCGAAAGCCAAGUGCUGGCCAAAGCCUUGGUAUGGACUGCUGCAAUACAGAUACA